GUUCCAAGUAGUUUCUUAGGGAUAGAUCCUUAUUUGUAUCCAUCUGCUUGGCUCGCCCACUCCCACAGAUUUUACCCUUAGUCCAGGAAAUGGAAGGGAGAUGGAUCUUGAGCACUUGCAUCGUCCUCUUCACUGCAGCGCUAUGGCGAUUCGUGACGGUCUACUGGUGGCGCCCCAGGGCGAUCGCCGCGCAGCUCAAGAAGGAGGGCAUUCAGGGGCCUCCACCCCGAUUCAUGGUAGGCCAAAUAGCUGAAAUCCAGAACAUGAGGAGCGCCAUCAAGGAUCACGACAUGGAAAGUUUCAGCCACGACAUUUUCCAUCGGGUACAUCCUGCGUUGCUCAAAUGGCGGAAGCAAUAUGGGAAGAGAUUUGUGUUCUGGUGGGGAACUGAGCCAAGGAUAUUGGUCUCGGAGCCUGAGAUCGUAAGGGAGGUUUUGUCUAAAAAGUUUUCUCAGUUUGAUAAAUCGGAGGCCGGGCUGCGGUUGGCGAACUUGUUCCUUGGUGGUGGAUUAGUUUCUGUUACUGGAGAGGAGUGGAGUCAUCACCGCCGACUCGUAGCACCGGCAUUCUUUCAUGAACGUAUUAAACAAAUGACCAGUACAAUCGCAGGGUGCGCAUCUCGCAUGCUUGAUCAAUGUGAAGCUACGAUGCAGCAGAAUCCCGAGAUUGAAAUCUCUGGAGAGGUGCGUAAGCUCACAGGAGACGUUAUCUCCCAUACAGCAUUUGGAACUAGCUAUCUCAAAGGCCAGAGAGUUUUCGAGAUCUUGUCCAAGAAAAUCCCAGAGCUAGUCCCCAAACUCGUCAGCUUUUCCUGGAUUCCAGGCUUCAGGUUUCUCCCACUUCCAAUCAACCUCCGACUGUGGAAGCUUCAUCAGGAGUUGGAUUCUCUGAUCACUAGGAUCAUAGACGAGCGUCGGAACUCAGUGAAGUCAGGGGGGAGCAAUACAUACGGGAAUGACUUACUCGGACUGAUGCUAAAGGAGUGUGACAGCAGCAGUAAUUUCACAAGCAGGGAUCUGAUAGAGGAAUGCAAGACAUUCUACAUUGCGGGGCAUGAAACCACAGCGACCUUACUAACCUGGACUUUGAUGCUACUGGGAGGCUAUCCUGAAUGGCAAGAACGCGCCCGUGCUGAGGUACACGAAGUAUGUGGCAAUGAGAUUCCUGAUGGCGAGAGUGUCAGCAGGCUCAAGCUCGUGGGAAUGAUCCUUUACGAAACUCUGCGGCUGUAUCCACCAGUAAACGAGAUGACCAGGGAGUGUGUGGAGGAGUGUUGGCUGCAAGUUUUACACGUUCCAAAAGGAGUAUCUGUGUCGUUUCCAAUCGUUGGAUUGCAUCAGGAUAAGGGGCUCUGGGGAGAAGAUGCAGGCCAAUUCAAUCCAGAUCGCUUCAAAGAUGGGAUCUCAAGCGCGUGCAAGCAUCCAAAUGCUUUCAUGCCGUUUUCGUUUGGGCCGCGGGUGUGCGUGGGCCAGUCGUUUGCGAUGAUCGAAGCCAAAGUCAUUCUGGCUAUGAUACUACAGCGAUUCUCGUUCCGGCUUUCACCGAACUACCGCCAUAAUCCUGCGAUGAAGUUUGGCUUGAAGCCUAUCCAUGGAGUGCCGCUUGUACUCAGUAAAAUGUGAUGCAUGUUCGUGGCAUUAGAAGUUUAAAAAGGUUAUGUUUGUUGAACUACUCCGAGUUCUUGAACCAAACUGGUUGAUAAAUCA